AUGGUUCCUGCAGCCAAGGUCAGGGUUAGUAACGAGAACGGAAAAUCGGACGUGUUAAUAAGGUCUAUUCAACAUCUAGUGCCUCUCGAAGUUAGUCAAGAUUCCAACGCAGACGAGAUCGAACGGAACCAAAAUGAGAAAUUGACGGUUGUGAAAGAUUCAAGAGAAAAUCGCGGUCGACCUCGACGAGCAGCAGCGAUUGCCAAUGAACUUUUAAGAGGAGAACUCUUGAAGU